CUCUUCUGCGAAUAAGUCGCGCCACCAACAAUGGAAACGCUAUCACAGCGAAUUCUAUUGCAUUCCUUUCCAUUCGGCACCUGUUCGCCUUCAACCCUCUUCCUUCCGGGCACGUUUAAGUCGGCAGCGAGUCAUCUCCGCUACUAGUAGCGGCCCGUAGGACCGUGUAUGCGGUAAGUACCACUAUGUGUAUGUUGACGCUGCUGGAUACUGGCACAAGGCGCGACAGAGAACUGGCAGAUGAGCUGCGACCAUUUGUCGGCACAAGGGCCCCACCAUUGGUGUAUCCCCUGAGGACCUGAAUAUUGAAUGCUCAUGCUUAUACUCAUAUUGAUGGCCAAUCGCAAGACGACCCGCGCAGUCCACCGUUGUGCCGCAACAUACUUACAGUCUAGAACAUCGCCGCAGAGCGAGUUGUAUUGCAAACGGGGCGUCACCACCCCCAAAUCAAGUAGUAUGUUUAUGUUAUGUUUCAUCAACUCAACAGAGAGAUCCAAGUUCUCCUUGACAACCGCAGCUAAGGAGCGGUUCUGUACGCCCUCGCUUAGCCUUCAUGCGUUGUGCGGAUUUCCGCAUCCAGCUCGCGAUGCGACAGAGCCGCCGCUUGCAUUCGCGAGCUCAUCACAGGCUGAGUCGCGCGGGGCACGCCGAGCGCUUGAGCCCAGGAACCACACCAACUGGACGCACGUGGCUCGUUCCCACCCUGAAACGGCGGUCGAUCUGCGAAACGCCCUGAGCUGAGCGCCGGGCAUAAAAGACAGGCACAUCCACUGCAGCCCGGUUGUCCUUGUCACUCUCGGUCCCUCCUCUCUUCCCGUCCACUGUUCAGGCCG